AUGUCACCCGAAUCAACGACCCGCCCGAAAAAAAAUCGAUUAUUGACCAAAUUCAGCCAGGUUGCCAUGGUCACCUGCCGGCCGACUGUUUAUACCCGGAUGAACCAGCGGGAACAAAUUGUAUUGCAGACUGGAACCCAGCUGCUCUUGAGCCUGUUGCGUACUAUUUCCGUCGCAAAUAUGAUCCUCUCGCGUUUGAAGCCGGCUAGCAAAUCAAAGCCCGGCAGUGCGCCGACAGACACCAAGACCAAGAAGCAUGUCCCUACUGCUGACGAAUUCUUCCAGAGCAGGGAUUUCACCGGAGCCAUGACUGUUUUGGAGUUUGAUCGGAACAGUGGAAAAGGAUCUGAUGCGACUGAUGAACUCAUUGGUUACUGCGCAUUUCAUCUGGGUGAUUACAAAAGGGCUUUACUGGAAUAUGAUGCCAUUUCCAAGCGAAGAAAUCCUCCUUUAUCAGUCUGGGUACACUUGGGAUGCUGCUAUUUUUAUUUGGGAAUGCUUACUGAAGCUGAAGAGAUGUCACCCGAAUCAACGACCCGCCCGAAAAAAAAUCGAUUAUUGACCAAAUUCAGCCAGGUUGCCAUGGUCACCUGCCGGCCGACUGUUUAUACCCGGAUGAACCAGCGGGAACAAAUUGUAUUGCAGACUGGAACCCAGCUGCUCUUGAGCCUGUUGCGUACUAUUUCCGUCGCAAAUAUGAUCCUCUCGCGUUUGAAGCCGGCUAGCAAAUCAAAGCCCGGCAGUGCGCCGACAGACACCAAGACCAAGAAGCAUGUCCCUACUGCUGACGAAUUCUUCCAGAGCAGGGAUUUCACCGGAGCCAUGACUGUUUUGGAGUUUGAUCGGAACAGUGGAAAAGGCUCUGAUGCGACUGAUGAACUCAUUGGUUACUGCGCAUUUCAUCUGGGUGAUUACAAAAGGGCUUUACUGGAAUAUGAUGCCAUUUCCAAGCGAAGGAAUCCUCCUUCAUCAGUCUGGGUACACUUGGGAUGCUGCUAUUUUUAUUUGGGCAUGCUUACUGAAGCUGAAGAGAUGGCGACGAAGGCUGAGAAUAGCCGAUUGAAAACAAGGUUGAUGUUCCACCUAUCGCACAAGCUGAAUGACGAGACAAAGCUGAUGGAAUAUCAUCAAAUGUUGGAAGACAUAAUCGAAGACCAGUUGUGCUUGGCUUCAAUUCACUAUCUCAGAUCUCACUACCAAGAAGCUAUCGACAUUUACAAGCGAAUUUUAACCGACAACAGGGACUAUUUGGCAUUGAACGUCUACAUCGCCCUGUGUUACUACAAGCUGGACUAUUACGACGUCUCGCAAGAAAUGCUGCAAACCUACUUGCAACAGUAUCCCGACUCCCUCACUGCAGUCAACCUCAAGGCCUGCAACCACUUCCGGCUCUACAAUGGCAAAGCCGCCGAAGCCGAGCUGAAGGCUCUCAAGGAUGCCUGCUCACCCAAUUUCCGUUUCGGCGACGAUCUCAUCAAGCACAACCUGGUCGUGUUUCGCAACGGCGAAGGUGCUUUGCAAGUGUUGCCAGGACUGGUGGAUGUGAUUCCGGAAGCCCGGCUGAACCUCGUCAUUUAUCACCUCAAACAGGAUGAGCUGAGGGACGCGUUUUCUUUGAUCUCCGAGUUGGAACCGACUGUGCCGCAAGAGUACAUUUUGAAAGGGGUUGUUCAUGCUGCUAUCGGGCAGGAAACCGGCUCUAGAGAUCAAUUGAAAAGUGCUCAGCAGUAUUUCCAACUGGUGGGAGGCAGUGCCAGUGAAUGUGAUACCAUCCCAGGAAGACAAUGCAUGGCCUCCUGUUUCUUUCUGCUGAAACAAUUUGAUGAUGUUCUACUGUAUCUGAACUCCAUCAAGUCAUAUUUCUUCAAUGACGACGUUUUCAAUUUCAACUAUGCACAGGCAAAAGCUGCUGCAGGCAACUACGAAGAAGCAGAGGAAGCGUUCAAACUGAUACAAAGCGAGAAGCUGAAAUCCGAUUAUGCUUAUUUAUCUUGGCUGACUCGCUGCUAUAUAAUGAAUAAGAAGCCCAGAAUGGCGUGGGAAGUUUACCUGAAGCUGGAAGCAUCGCCCGAGUCAUUUGCACUCCUGACUCUCAUAGCAAAUGACUGCUACAGACUUGGGCAGUUUUUCUACUCUGCCAAAGCUUUCGAUAUUCUUGACAAAAUGGAUCCUACACCAGAGUACUGGGAAGGUAGAAGAGGAGCAUGUGUUGGCACUUUUCAGCAGGUCAUUGCUGGCAAGGAAAGCAAGGAAAUCCUCACUGAGGUCUUGCAAAUGCUGCGAAGUGCAAACUGGGCUGAAGCUGAAGGCAUUGCAAAACUAAUUCGGAAAUGGGCAAGCUCAAAUGAAAUCAAUGUCUGACAAUAUGUGUGAAAACCUUGGAAAUGUCUGUCUCUGUUUAGUAAAAUAAAAGUUAGAGAAAAUCUCAACAAGC